AUGUCUUCCGUCAAGCAGCACGAUGAGGUGGUCACCACGGUGCUCAGCAGCGAACAAGUGGCAGAGUUUUAUGAAGUCAAGAACAGAGAUUUGGCUAUGGAAGAGGUCGAAGCGGCCGCACAUUUCGAGAUCGAUCCAUCUGCUACUAGAAGACUUGUCUGGAAGAUAGACCUUAUAUUUUUGACGGUGAUCUCAUUGGUGUCGGCGUUCCAAUAUAUGGACAAGUCUUCCAGUAAUUACGCUUCGGUCAUGGGCAUCAAAAAAGAUCUGAAUAUGGUGGGCAACCAGUAUAACUGGGUUGGAACGUCGUUCUAUCUCGGCUUUUUGGUGUUCGAAAUUCCGUGCUCUUGGACUCUGCAACGUCUACCACUGGCCAAAAUUUCAAGUGCGUAUAUUUUGGCCUGGGGGCUUCUUCUGUGUCUGACCUCGCUGGUAAAGUCUUACUCCACAUUUAUCCUCACCAGAACGCUCUUGGGGGUUUUGGAAUCCUCUAUCACACCGGCCAUGGUUUUGUUCAUGUCACAGUGGUACAAAAAAGAAGAGCAGUUCUUCCGCACAUCUAUUCUGAUUGCGUGGAAUGCGGUAGGCGGCUUGGUCGGUGCCUCCACAUCCUACCGCCUAUAUGAGCGCCAGCUUGCGGGUACCCUCUCCAUGGACGCCUGGCGAAUUUUGUUUAUCAUUGUAGGGCUCAUCACUAUUGUAACUGGACUGCUGGUCCUAUUUAUUGUUCCAGACACCCCUUCUCAGGCCUGGUGGCUAAACAAGCGUGAAAAGUUCCUUGCCGUUGAACGUAUACGUACCAACAAACAAGGGUUCGGAAACCGCCAUUUCAAAAAGGAGCAGGUAUAUGAGGCACUACGGGACCCUCGUUUGUACCUCUACUUUUUCCUACAAGUAGCGGUCGCUAUCCCUAACGGUGGCUUUUCCAACUUUAGUGCUCAGAUGAUUGCUGGUCUCGGCUACGGGAAGGGGAAAGCUCUACUAAUGGGAAUGCCAACUAGUGCAGUGUCAAUUGUCGGUUUGGUGUUGUUUGGCUAUCUUUCAACUCUCAGAAAUCGCAGAUUGGACAUCGCUUUUGCUGGACUUACUCUCAAUCUCAUUUCGGGCUGUCUCAUGGCCUUUGCGAAACCGCUACACGCCCAGCUUGCGGGUUACUACAUUUUUGGUCUCUCUCCAAUCCCUUACACCUGUAUUUUGAGUUUUAUUGCCUCUAAUAGUGCUGGUCACUCUAAGAAGGUCUUCAUGGGUGCGAUUUCUAUGAUUGGCUACUGUACUGGUAACUUGGUUGGACCUCAAACGUUUCGUGAAUCGCAGGCACCUCACUAUCAGGGAGCAAAGACUGCGAUAGUUGCCUGUUAUUGUAUUGCCUUUUUUAUUUGGCUUGCCAUAUAUGCUGUUAACGUGCGCGAGAAUAAGAGACGUGAUGCUCGGAAUGAGAAGCUUCCGGAGGACUUUGUAAACUCAGAAUUUGCUGAUCUCACUGACUUCCAGAACCCUGAAUUCAGGUACUCUAUCUGA